AAAAGGCUUCGUUUCGGUCCCCCCCCCCCCCUUCAGUGGCCCCAAACAACUUCAAUUCUCGUCAAUUCGGCACCAUCGGAAGUGAAAAAUGCCUGUCUCAAGAGAGACGAUUAUUGUGCCGGAUGGCGCCCUGUUCGGCCUCAAGGCUGUCAGGGGGAAGUCCGUCGCCAGGCUGCCGACAGCUUCAGGGGCCGAGCUCGACAUCAUCGACAUCCGCCAAGCUGCCGUUGAGCUCAACCUCAAGACUGAGCUUCUUUCCAUGUUCCAUUCCACGGACGGGCCCAGGAAGCUUCCCACGCUUCUCCUCUAUGACGAGAGGGGACUGCAGCUUUUCGAGGAUAUCACGUAUCUAGAAGAGUAUUACCUGACCAACGACGAGAUCGAGGUGCUCAAGUCGUCUGCCGCAGAGAUUGUCAAACAUAUCCCCUCGGGGGCCAUGGUCAUUGAGCUCGGCAGUGGAAACCUCCGCAAGGUAAAUUUCCUUCUGCGAGCCCUCGAAGACGCCGGCAAGAAUGUCGAUUACUAUGCCUUGGAUCUGUCGCAAGAGGAGCUCCAGCGCACCCUUGCCCAGCUCCCAGUAUACAGGCAUGUGAGCUGCCACGGGCUGUUGGGGACGUACGACGACGGACGGGAGUGGCUCAAGUUGGCCAACGUCUCGAGGCCAAAGUGUAUCCUGAGUCUCGGGUCUAGCAUUGGAAACUUUGAACGAGCAGAAGCCGCGGCGUUCUUGAAGAAUUUUGCUGAUGUCCUCAACCCUGGUGACACCAUGUUGAUUGGGCUGGACGGGUGCGACAGCCCAGCCAAGGUAUACCACGCAUAUAAUGACAGAGAAGGUCUAACACAUGAAUUUGUGCUCAACGGCCUCUCGCAUGCCAACAAAGUUCUCGGCCAGAAUAUCUUCGUCGAGACCGACUGGAGAGUCAUUGGAGAGUAUGUGUACGACGGGGAGGGGGGACGGCACCAGGCCUUUUACUCUCCUCUCCGUGACGCCACGGUCAUGGGCGAGUUGAUCCGACCCCACGAUCGAAUUCGGGUCGAGCAGAGUCUGAAAUACUCUCGAGACGAGGCGCAGAAGCUUUGGGGGCUGGCGGGCAUGGCCGAGGCUGGCCACUGGAGGCACGGCCGGGACGAGUAUGGGCUCCAUAUGCUCGCCAAACCGAGAAUGUCGUUCAGCCUGAUCCCCUCGAUGUAUGCCCGCAGCGUACUCCCCACAAUGGAGGAUUGGGAAGCGCUGUGGGCAGCCUGGGACGUCGUCACACGCGAAAUGAUGACUCGAGAGGAGCUGUUGGACAAGCCCAUCAAGCUCCGUAAUGCCUGCAUCUUUUACCUGGGACACAUCCCUACUUUCCUCGACAUCCAGUUGACCAAGACGGCCAAUGAGCCUCUUACCGAGCCGGCAGGUUUCUCGCGAAUCUUUGAGCGGGGCAUUGAUCCCGACGUUGACAAUCCUGAGCUGUGCCACGCACACUCGGAGAUACCUGACGAAUGGCCUCCCUUGGACGCGAUCCUGACCUAUCAGGGCCGAGUCCGGUCACGGCUCCGGGGUUACUACGCAGCUGGCCAAGACAGCAUUCCGCGCCAUGUGGGCCAGGCCGUCUGGAUGGGGUUCGAGCAUGAGAUCAUGCACAUCGAGACCCUUUUGUAUAUGAUGCUCCAAAGCGACAAGACGCAACCGCCAUCCCAUGUCCAGCGGCCAGACUUUGAGAAACUUGCUGCCAAGGCUCGUUCUGAAAGAGUUCCUAACAAGUGGUUCAACAUUCCCGCGCAGGCCAUAACCCUAGGCUCGGAGAAUCCCGAAGAUGGGAACGACCCAGAGGCCCACUUUGGAUGGGACAACGAGAGGCCGGCUAGGCACGUCAAGGUCCAUGCGUUCCAAGCACAGGCGAGACCAAUCAGCAAUGAAGAUUAUGCAAAUUACAUGUACAGCAUGCACAUCACCAAGAUGCCUGCGUCUUGGGCGAUGGCGGCUGAGGCGUCUGUGAAACCAGGCGCGGAUGUGACACAGGAUGUGGCUCGAAUCAAUAGUGGUACAAAUGACUAUACUAACGGCCACACCAACGGGUACUGCACCAAUGAAAAUCACACCCAUGGCCACGCCAACGAACAAACCAACGGACACACCAAUGGAAACGCCAACAGUCGAGGUAACGGUCAUGUGAGCAAUGGCCUCGUUCCUGCAACCUUUGUCGAAAACAAGGCUGUGCGCACAGUCUAUGGUCUUGUGCCCCUGAAGUACGCCCUGGACUGGCCCAUGUUUGCAUCGUACGACGAGCUUGCGGGCUGCGCCGCCUGGAUGGGUGGGCGUAUCCCUACUGUUGAGGAAGCUCGGAGUAUAUACGACCAUGCAGAUUUUCUGAAGAAGAAGGAAGCCGAAAGGCAGCUCGGAAAGACUGUCCCUGCAGUCAACGGACAUCUCUCCAACAACGGCGUCGAGAUAUCGCCACCGCCAACCCCUACCACAUCUGAGGUCAAUAGGCAGGAACAACUGUUUAUUGACCUCGAGGGUGCCAACGUUGGUUUUCACCACUGGCACCCGGUGGCCGUGACGGGGCGCGGCAAUACCCUGGCCGGCCAGUGUGAGAUGGGCGGCGUGUGGGAGUGGACCAGCUCCGUCUUGCGCCCCUGGGAGGGUUUCCAGCCCAUGAAGCUCUAUCCCGGCUACACGGCCGACUUCUUUGACGAGAAGCAUAACAUUGUGCUUGGCGGCUCCUGGGCCACGCACCCGCGCAUUGCAGGACGAAAGACAUUCGUGAACUGGUAUCAACGUAAUUACCCCUACGCCUGGGUUGGGGCACGCCUUGUUCGAGAUACGGACUAGUUUCAUCUCAAGUGUCUUCAUCUUGCCUCUUUUCCUCGGUUCUCGCAUCGGAAAGCGCUCUAGUGCGCGAAGAAACCCCAACUCGGAAUGGAAAAAAACCAUGCCAGGUGACUCAACUUCGCCUUUGCAACCGGAAAGCCAAAAAAAAGCAUUUCCUUGAAUGGUUUACAAGGUGGGCAAAACAAAACCGGCUUACAUUACUUUGGGGGAAAAAAGGAGGGGUUCCGGGCAGGUUAAAAAAGGGGGGG